AUGAAAUUGUUAGACGACACUUUAGACUCUAAGAGCACUGAUGUUUACUAUGAAUCAAGCAGCCGAUAUUUAUAAUUAACACUGUUUUUAGGAGCUCUAGUUUCUAAUAUAAUGUUUGGAUUUUCAUUAUCUCCAAUCACUAAAGAAAUUUCAACUAUUUAUGGAGUUUCCUAAACGUGGCUCUAAUUGUUAAGUGUGAGCUUUACCCUAUUCUCAGCAAUUAUGAUCAUCCCAGGGAAUAUUUUAAGCGAAAAAUACGGAAUAUAAUAUAAUAUAAAAUUGGGUUGUCUUCUGACAUUUAUUGGAUCCCUAAUGGCUUUGCUAGUUAAUUACUCAUUCUGGUGGCUCUAUUUUGGAGAACUAGUAUCUUUGGUUGGAUUUCCUUUUCGUUUGAUUUCUGCAUCCAAAUUUACAGCCAAUUGGUUUUACCCAAAAAACAGGAUUAUUAUAAUGGUUAUCAUCGCUCUUCUUUUUAAUUCAAGUACUGGAAUCUCUAUCAAAAUACCGCUAUUUAUAUUUGGUGACUAUAACGUAGAAUUAGAUGCCUUGAAUGAUUACUCUUAGGGUAGAACAUAUGUAUUUUAACUGAUGGCCUUCUUGGCAGGAAUUAUGUUUAUUACAACAGUUCCGGCUUUAAUAUUCUUCAAGGCCAAACCCAAGCAUCCUCCUUCAUAUAGUGCAUCUGAACAAUGCGUUAGGGAAAAUUAUACAAAAGCAGCCAAGAUGUUGAUAAAAAAUUCUGAUUAUUUAAAAUUAGCAUUUGCUUUUUCAUUAAUCUUGGGACCUGUUUUAUUACUCACAGUGCAAAUGGAAUUUGUUGUGAAACCUUUUGGGUAUAAUUUGGAAUAAAUCUCAAAUGUUAUUCUUGUAGGUGUGAUUGCAGGACUGAUAGGAGAUGUGGUUGUUGGAUCAUUUGUAAAAAAGUUAGGAAAAUAUAAAAUAGUGUUAUAAAUUUGUAAUGCUACUACUACUUUUUUUUAUGGAUUCCUUAUUUUAAGUCUUGUUCUAAAAGUUCAUUGGCUAUUUUACGUAUGUUACUUCUUUGUUUGUCUGUGUUCAAGUAUUUUGGCAUUGACAUUUGAAUUUUCAUGUGAAAUUAGUUUCCCUGUCAGUGAAACCUCCACUAUUGCAUAUUUAGGGUUAAUUGGAAAUGGAUUUAACUUUUUAUAAGCUAUUCCUGAAAUUCUUAUACUCCAAGUCGGUAAAGAGAGCACCUCUAUAAUUACUUUGAUUAUUAUGUUUGGAAUUGGAGUGUUUGGUAAUUUUGUUUCCUACUCUAUCAAUGAAAAGUUAAAGAGACAAUAAGUGGAUAAUCUUCAUGAUACGAAGUAAAAUUUAGAAUCACAAUAUGAUACUGAUUGAAUUAAUUUGUACAUAAAUAUAUAAAUUAUUUAAA